GGUCGUCCCCGUGAUCGCGAGCUGCUGGCAGCGAAAGGGGCAGCGCGCCGGCCUCUGCAGCCGGCGGCCGAAGCGGCCGGAUCGGGGACGGAAGGGCAGACCGACGUCUCCGAGCUGGAACCAUGUAAGGGCCAAGCCAGGAAGGCGGAAUACGCGAGCGCUCACAGGCUCUGUCUCCUGGUCCCCACCCGGCUCAGAAUGGAACAGAGGAGGCUCUGGCCGCGGGCUGCAGAGGUGGACGGCUGGCCUGUGGUCCUGCUCUCUGCCGUCUGCGUGCUGCUGGCACCCCCGGCGGCCGGCGUGCCCCAGUUCAGCACCUUCCACUCCGAGAACCGGGACUGGACCUUCAACCAUUUGACGGUGCACCGCGGAACGGGGGCAGUGUACGUGGGGGCCAUCAACCGCGUGUACAAGCUGACAGGCAACCUGACCAUCCAGGUGGCUCACAAGACGGGGCCGGAGGAGGACAACAAGUCCUGCUACCCGCCGCUCAUCGUUCAGCCCUGCAGCGAGGUGCUCACGCUCACCAACAACGUCAACAAGCUGCUCAUCAUCGACUACUCCGAGAACCGGCUGCUGGCCUGCGGCAGCCUGUACCAAGGGGUCUGCAAGCUGCUGCGGCUGGACGACCUCUUCAUCCUGGUGGAGCCGUCCCACAAGAAGGAGCACUACCUGUCCAGCGUCAACAAGACGGGGACGAUGUACGGGGUGAUCGUGCGCUCCGAGGGCGAGGACGGCAAGCUCUUCAUCGGCACUGCUGUGGACGGCAAGCAGGACUAUUUUCCCACCCUGUCCAGCCGCAAGCUGCCCCGCGACCCCGAGUCCUCCGCCAUGCUCGACUACGAGCUCCACAGCGACUUCGUCUCCUCACUCAUCAAGAUCCCAUCCGACACCCUGGCCCUGGUCGCCCACUUUGACAUCUUCUAUAUCUACGGCUUCGCCAGCGGGGGCUUCGUCUACUUCCUCACCGUCCAGCCUGAGACCCCCGAGGGCGUGGCCAUCAACUCGGCCGGAGACCUCUUUUACACCUCGCGCGUCGUGAGGCUCUGCAAGGACGACCCCAAGUUCCACUCCUACGUGUCCCUGCCCUUCGGCUGCACGCGGGCCGGCGUGGAAUAUCGCCUCCUGCAGGCUGCUUACCUCGCCAAGCCCGGGGACUCGCUGGCCCAGGCCUUCAACAUCAGCGGCCAGGACGACGUGCUCUUCGCCAUCUUCUCCAAAGGACAGAAGCAGUAUCACCACCCGCCGGAUGACUCCGCCCUCUGUGCCUUCCCCAUCCGCGCCAUCAACCUGCAGAUCAAAGAGCGCUUGCAGUCCUGCUACCAGGGCGAGGGCAACCUGGAGCUCAACUGGCUGCUGGGGAAGGAUGUGCAGUGCACCAAGGCGCCGGUGCCCAUCGAUGACAACUUCUGUGGACUGGACAUCAACCAGCCACUUGGAGGCUCAAUUCCAGUGGAGGGCCUGACCCUGUACACCACCAGCCGGGACCGCAUGACCUCGGUGGCGUCCUAUGUUUACAAUGGCUACAGCGUGGUGUUUGUGGGCACAAAGAGCGGCAAGCUGAAAAAGAUUCGAGCCGAUGGUCCCCCCCAUGGUGGGGUCCAAUAUGAGAUGGUCUCCGUGCUCAAAGAUGGGAGCCCCAUCCUCCGGGACAUGGCCUUCUCCAUUGAUCAGCGCUACCUAUACAUUAUGUCUGAGAGACAAAUCACCAGGGUCCCUGUGGAAUCCUGUGAACAGUACACGACUUGUGGGGAGUGCCUGAGCUCGGGGGACCCUCACUGUGGCUGGUGUGCCCUGCACAACAUGUGCUCCCGCAGGGACAAGUGCCAGCGGGCCUGGGAACCUAAUCGAUUUGCUGCCAGCAUCAGCCAGUGCAUGAGCCUCGAGGUGCAUCCCAGCAGCAUCUCAGUGUCUGAGCACAGCCGGCUGCUCAGCCUGGUUGUGAGUGAUGCUCCCGAUCUGUCUGCGGGCAUCUCCUGUGCCUUUGGGAACCUGACAGAGGUAGAGGGACAGGUAUCUGGGAGCCAGGUCAUCUGCAUCUCACCAGGGCCCAAGGUUGUCCCUGUCAUCCCUCUGGAUCAAGACUGGUUUGGGCUAGAGCUGCAGCUGAGAUCCAAGGAGACAGGAAAGAUAUUCGUCGGCACCGAGUUCAAGUUCUACAACUGCAGCGCCCACCAACUGUGCCUGUCUUGUGUCAACAGCGCCUUCCGCUGCCAUUGGUGCAAAUACCGAAAUCUCUGUACUCAUGACCCCACCACCUGCUCCUUCCAGGAGGGCCGGAUCAACAUUUCAGAGGACUGUCCCCAGCUGGUGCCCACGGAGGAGAUCCUGAUACCCGUCGGGGAAGUAAAACCAAUCACCCUCAAGGCUCGAAACCUGCCCCAGCCUCAGUCUGGCCAGAGAGGCUAUGAGUGCGUCCUCAACAUACAGGGGGCCAUCCACCGGGUCCCCGCUCUGCGUUUCAACAGCUCCAGCGUCCAGUGCCAGAACAGCUCGUACCAGUACGACGGGAUGGACAUCAGCAACCUGGCCGUGGACUUUGCCGUGGUGUGGAAUGGCAAUUUCAUCAUUGACAACCCUCAGGACCUGAAAGUCCACCUCUACAAGUGUGCAGCCCAGCGGGAGAGCUGUGGCCUCUGCCUCAAGGCCGACCGGAAGUUCGAGUGUGGCUGGUGCAGCGGUGAGCGCAGGUGCACCCUCCAGCAGCACUGUAGCAGCCCCUCCAGCCCCUGGCUUGACUGGUCCAGCCACAAUGUUAAGUGCUCCAACCCCCAAAUCACCGAGAUUUUGACGGUGUCCGGACCCCCUGAAGGAGGGACCCGAGUGACUAUCCAUGGCGUGAACCUGGGCCUGGACUUCUCUGAGAUCUCCCACCACGUGCAGGUGGCUGGGGUGCCCUGCACGCCCCUGCCGGGGGAUUAUAUCAUCGCUGAGCAGAUCGUUUGUGAAAUGGGCCAUGCCCUUGUGGGGACCACCUCUGGGCCUGUGCGCCUGUGCAUUGGCGAGUGUAAGCCAGAGUUCAUGACCAAAUCCCAUCAACAGUACACGUUUGUGAACCCUUCCGUGUUGUCACUCAACCCCAUCCGAGGGCCAGAGUCCGGAGGCACCAUGGUGACCAUCACGGGCCAUUACCUCGGGGCUGGGAGCAGCGUGGCUGUUUACCUGGGCAACCAGACCUGCGAGUUCUAUGGGCGAUCAAUGAAUGAGAUCGUGUGUGUCUCACCCCCGUCAUCCAAUGGGCUGGGGCCCGUCCCUGUCUCUGUGAGUGUCGACCGAGCCCGUGUAGACAACAACCUGCAGUUCGAGUACAUAGAUGACCCCCGGGUGCAGCGCAUUGAGCCCGAGUGGAGUAUCGCCAGUGGCCACACACCCCUGACCGUCACAGGCUUCAACCUGGAUGUCAUUCAGGAGCCAAGGAUCCGAGUCAAGUUUAAUGGGAAAGAAUCUGUCAAUGUGUGCAAAGUUGUGAACACCACCACCCUGACCUGCCUGGCACCCUCCCUGACCACGGACUACCGGCCCGGCCUGGACACCGUGGAACGGCCGGACGAGUUUGGAUUUGUCUUUAACAAUGUCCAGUCCUUGCUGAUUUACAACGACACCAAGUUCAUCUACUACCCCAACCCGACCUUUGAACUGCUCAGCCCCACUGGGGUCUUGGAUCAAAAGCCGGGAUCCCCCAUCAUUCUGAAGGGCAAAAACCUCUGCCCUCCUGCUUCUGGAGGUGCCAAACUCAACUACACCGUGCUGAUUGGAGAGACCCCAUGCGCUGUCACUGUGUCCGAGACGCAACUGCUCUGCGAGCCUCCCAACCUCACUGGGCAGCACAAGGUCAUGGUCCACGUGGGUGGCAUGGUAUUCUCGCCCGGCUCGGUGAGUGUCAUCUCAGACAGCUUGCUGACCCUGCCAGCCAUCGUCAGCAUCGCGGCGGGUGGCAGCCUACUGCUCAUCAUCGUCAUCAUUGUGCUCAUCGCCUACAAGCGCAAGUCUCGAGAAAAUGACCUUACUCUCAAGCGGCUCCAAAUGCAGAUGGACAACCUGGAGUCCCGUGUGGCCCUGGAGUGUAAGGAAGCUUUUGCCGAGCUCCAGACAGACAUCAACGAGCUGACCAGUGACCUGGACCGCUCAGGAAUCCCCUACCUGGACUAUCGGACCUAUGCUAUGCGAGUCCUGUUCCCCGGCAUUGAGGACCAUCCCGUCCUGCGUGAGCUGGAGGUGCAGGGCAACGGGCAGCAGCACGUGGAGAAGGCCCUGAAGCUCUUCGCCCAGCUCAUCAACAACAAGGUGUUCCUNCUGACCUUCAUCCGCACCUUGGAGCUGCAGCGCAGCUUCUCCAUGCGAGAUCGCGGCAACGUUGCCUCGCUCAUCAUGACCGGCCUGCAGGGCCGCCUGGAGUACGCCACCGACGUCCUCAAGCAGCUGCUCUCUGACCUCAUCGAUAAGAACCUGGAGAACAAGAACCACCCCAAGCUGCUUCUCCGGAGGACAGAGUCCGUGGCCGAGAAGAUGCUGACCAAUUGGUUUGCCUUCCUCCUGCACAAGUUCCUGAAGGAGUGUGCGGGGGAGCCGCUCUUCAUGCUGUACUGCGCCAUCAAGCAGCAGAUGGAGAAGGGCCCCAUCGAUGCCAUCACGGGCGAGGCCCGCUACUCCCUGAGCGAGGACAAGCUCAUCCGGCAGCAGAUCGAGUACAAGACCCUGAUCCUGAACUGCGUCAACCCUGACAACGAGAACAGUCCGGAGAUCCCAGUGAAGGUGUUGAACUGUGACACCAUCACGCAGGUCAAAGAGAAGAUUCUCGAUGCCGUCUACAAGAACGUGCCCUACUCCCAGCGGCCGAGGGCUGUUGACAUGGACUUGGAGUGGCGUCAAGGCCGGAUUGCCCGGGUCGUGCUGCAGGACGAGGACAUCACCACCAAGAUCGAGGGUGACUGGAAGCGGCUCAACACGCUGAUGCACUAUCAGGUAUCAGACAGAUCGGUGGUGGCUCUGGUCCCCAAACAGACCUCCUCCUACAACAUCCCUGCCUCUGCCAGUAUCUCCCGGACGUCCAUCAGCAGAUACGACUCCUCCUUCAGGUACACAGGCAGUCCUGACAGCCUGCGGUCUCGGGCCCCCAUGAUCACCCCAGACCUGGAGAGUGGGGUCAAGGUGUGGCACCUGGUGAAGAACCACGACCAUGGGGACCAGAAGGAGGGUGACCGGGGCAGCAAAAUGGUGUCCGAGAUCUACCUGACCCGGCUAUUGGCCACCAAGGGCACCCUGCAGAAGUUCGUGGACGACUUGUUUGAGACCUUAUUCAGCACCGUGCACCGGGGCAGCGCUCUCCCCCUGGCCAUCAAGUACAUGUUUGAUUUCCUGGAUGAGCAGGCAGACAGACACAGCAUCCACGACACAGAUGUGCGGCACACCUGGAAGAGCAACUGCCUCCCUCUGCGCUUCUGGGUGAACGUGAUCAAGAACCCCCAGUUUGUCUUUGACAUCCACAAGGGCAGCAUCACGGACGCCUGCCUCUCUGUGGUGGCCCAGACCUUCAUGGACUCUUGCUCAACAUCAGAGCACCGGCUGGGCAAGGACUCCCCUUCCAACAAGCUGCUCUAUGCCAAGGACAUCCCCAGCUACAAGAGCUGGGUGGAAAGAUACUACGCAGACAUCGCCAAGCUCCCCGCCAUCAGUGACCAGGACAUGAACGCCUACCUCGCCGAGCAAUCCCGCCUGCACGCCGUGGAGUUCAACAUGCUGAGUGCCCUCAAUGAGAUCUACUCCUACGUCAGCAAGUACAGCGAAGAGCUCAUUGGGGCACUCCAGCAGGAUGAGCAGGCCCGGCGACAGCGGCUGGCAUACAAGGUGGAACAGCUCAUAAACGCCAUGUCCAUUGAGAGCUGAGCGAUGGAGCCUCCUGUUCCUGGGAAGAGGGACCCGUGAAAGCUGUCACACUGGGCAUCUCAGAAGGAAGGACAAGUGAAGGGGAUCAGGCCCCAGCGCUUGCUGUCCCCUGAGACCCCCUCCCGGGGAGAGGGGA